UUUUCCCCCACCCCCCUACAUCAUAUUUAUUGCUAUACUGUACAUUUUAACCAAUUUUAACGUGGUUAAAUAUAUAUUUUUUAUUUAUUAUAAAAAAUAGUGAUAACAAAUAAAAAUAUUAAUUAUUUAAUCACUCGAGUGAGCCAUUCCAAAUAUUAACCAUGACUGGAGGAAAAAAUACUCAGGGUGCUUUUCAACCGGAUUCAGAUAUUCAUAUAUCAUAUGAGGAUCAACAAAAAAUCAACAAAUUUGCUAAACAAAAUGCCCAAAUGGAUGAUUUCAAGGAAGAACUCAAAAUAAAACAGAAUGACUUGAAGAAUUUGGAAGAUGCAUGUGAUGAAAUGGCAUUGAUGGAUGAUGAUGUCAAAGUGGCCUAUCGUAUUGGUGAUUUAUUUGUUAAUCAAGAUCUUGAAAAAACUCAGAAAUGUCUUGAAGAGGCCAAGGAAAAAAAACUUGAAGAAAUUGCUGAACUUGAGAGUAAAUGUGCAGAUCUCAAAACAAUUAUGACUGAUCUUAAAGUUUCACUUUAUGCUAAAUUUGGCAGUCACAUUAAUUUAGAAAAUGAAGAAGAUUAAAAAUGCUAUAUUAUUAUUAUUAUUGUUAUCAUCAUCAAUCAUUUCAUUUAAUAAAAGAAAACAAUUUGAAAAUUAAAAAGAAAAAAUUUAUUUUAUUAUUAUUAUAUUGUCAACAAGUAUUUUCCAUCAGUCAAUGAUUUUUGAAUGAUUGCCAAAUAAUUUAAGUAACAGUUCAAGAAGAAUGUUAUACCUGCAAGAUAAAUAAAUUAAAUAAAUUAAAUAGAAAAAAAAAACCACUAAUC